AUGGGACAACUGGCGAUUUGGCCGAAUCGUAUUGAGCUGAAAUCUGAGUUUAAGGAGUUUGAGGAGAAAAUCAGUGUGGGAAACGGGAGAGAAGGAGAAGAGGAGCCGUCACCAUGGAGUGUUGGACUAGGAAAGCGAGAGCUGUGCAGUUCAUCCAGAGAGGGUAAAAAAGAGCCGAUGAUCUGCUGGAGUGUCUUCCUCUGCGCUGUUGUGCAUUUGGAAAACCCCACUCGGAGGCAGUUAGCCCAGGAUGCUCUCAAUAGAGCAGUGAUAGAAGGACACCAGCAGUUUUUGGGGGAUGUUAUUCUUCCUGAGGACUCUCAGGAAAUCAAGUCUUUGCUGAGCCUUCUUCACUGUAUCCUUCAGAACGCUGUGCGAGUGAAUGAAUUCCGCCAUAACACUCCCCUCACAGCAGACUCCGACCUUAAGAACACCGUAGAGCACACUGGUACACACUCCAUCAUGUCACAUGAUGAAGAAAUCAACAAGAGGAUUAGGGAUUGGACCCCAGCAUCUUUGCAGUGCAGUUCUCUUUCUGUGGUUGAACCAACAGGGACAGGAGCCAUCGACACUCAUCCACAAGAAGAGCUCGAACGCAGAACUCACACAGAAGAGAAAGCUCACUGUUGUCCGGAAUGUGGAGAGAGAUUCUCAUGCGGCAGUGAUCUUCAUAAACAUGCAAGGGUUCAUACUGGGGAGAAACCUCAUCGCUGUUCUGAAUGUGGCAAGUGUUUCUCAGAAAGUAGGAGUCUGAAUAGUCACAUGAGAAUUCAUACAGGAGAAAAACCCCAUUGCUGUCCAGAGUGUGGCAAGCGUUUUUCACAAGCACGCAACCUUAAAGCCCAUGCAAGAAUCCACACCGGAGAAACACCUUACUGCUGUUCGGAAUGUGGCAAACGAUUCUCCAGCAGUAGCAGUUUUCGAAGGCACACGCUGAUUCAUUCUGGGGAGAAACCGUACUGCUGUUCUGAAUGCGGAAAAAGAUUUUCUGACAGCACCGAUUAUUGGAAGCACAUACGAGUUCAUACUGGUGAGAAGCCAUAUUGCUGUCUUGAAUGCAGCAAAAGAUUUUCUAGUAGUAGCAAUCUUCAAAAACAUGCAAAAAUUCACAGUGGAGAAAAACCGCAUUGCUGUUCUGAAUGUGGAAAACGAUUCUUACAAAGAUGUGACCUUCAAUGCCAUUUCAAAAUCCAUACCGGAGAGAAGCCUUAUUUUUGUACUGAAUGCGGCAAACAGUUCUUACACAGAAGCCUUCUUCAACAACAUUCCAGAAUCCAUACUGGAGUGAAGCCUUAUUGUUGUACUGAUUGUGGAAAACAGUUUUUACACAGAAGCCAUCUUCAACAACAUUCCAGAAUCCAUACCGGUGAAAAGCCUUUCUGUUGUCCUGAAUGUGGUAAACAAUUUUCAUACAGCAGUGGACUUUAUAGCCAUAAAAGAAUUCAUACGGGGGAGAAACCUCACAGUUGUUCUGAAUGUGGAAAGUGCUUCUCGGAUAGCAGCAGUCUUAACAGCCACAUGAGAAUUCACACUGGAGAGAAACCUUACUGCUGUUCUGAGUGUGGUAAGCAGUUUUCUGACAGAUGCAGUCUUCGAAGACAUACAAGAAUUCACACUGGAGAAAAGCCCUACAGCUGUUCCAAAUGUGGCAAAAGAUUCUCACACAGCAGUACUCUUCAUAAACAUGAAAGAAUUCACACUGGAGAAAAACCUCAUGUCUGUUCGGAGUGUGGGAAAAGGUUCUUGCAUCGAUGCCAUCUUCAACGCCAUAUCAGAAUUCACACUGGAGAGAAACUUUAUGAUUGUUCUGAAUGUGGCAAACGAUUCUCUGACAGAUGCAGUCUCCAACGACAUGCAAGAAUUCAUACUGGAGAAAAACCCAUAUAGGGGUUUAAAAUGUGGCAAAUGAUUCUCUGACUGAUGCAAUCUCCAUAAACAUGCAGGAAUUAAUACCAGAGAAAGCCCCAUGUAGGGAUUUAAAAUGUGGCAAAAAAUUCUCAAACAAAUAGCAGCCGUCUUCACAGGCACAAAAGAAUUAAUACUGGUAAGAAGCCUUAUAGUGUUUUUGAGUUUGGUAAUCGUUUCCCAGACAGCAAAUACUUUAAUAGCCAUGUGAGAAUUCACACUGGAGAAAAUAACUGAAAUUGUUCAAGUAGUGCUGGUAGCAACGGGUCUUCUCAAAAAAAUAAAUAAAUAAAUAAAAUUCCAGACACCAAUCUGGGACCCCUUACCAGUUAUCAUCACUCCUUACAAAGAAGGAGGCACUUUUAGGAACAAUACAAAUAUUAUGCCAAGACCAUGAACAAAUCCUAGAGAAUAACAACAGUACCAGUACAGAAAAUUACUUUCGGACUCAAGUGUGAGGUUCACUCCUGUUUUUGAAAAAUAAGCAAACCAGGCCAUUGUGGAGAAAUUAACAGAGAUCAGGUAAGCGGUGCAUUGCCACACUCACCACAUGACGGACCACCAAGAUUGGGAUCCGAGUGCAGCCGUGCAACGGGUGACAUCUUGGCACCACUCUGAACAGUGGAUGGAGUGCCAAUCCUGCCACCAACCCCUAAGUUCUCCCUGCAAUUUGGCGGACCUGCUUGCAGGGCUAGAUGUGGAUUAACAUCAUACCCAGGAGGUUAAGGGUCUUGCUUCACGGAGUAGAGUCACUUCUGGUGUUCGAACUGGCAGCCUUCCGAUUACCGGUGCAGAUUCCUAUCCUCCGAGCCACCACAAGAAAUUAACCCAGAGAUAAAAUGUUGUGCUUUUCAGAAUGUGCAAGCAAUUCCCCAAAUUACCCUUUGUCACCCUCACAGAAUUCUCAAUACAACACAAAUGACCAGCUCCUAGUUUAAAAUGGUAAUUUAUCCUUAUAGCCUAUGCCCACAUGAACAUGUUGAUGAAGCGAUGACUGACCUCAAGUUUGGAUGAUGCUCAGGAGUUCUUGAAGAGCAUGAAUCUUUAGACCAAGUCCUCACAGGUGGGCAGUGGUAGUGCUGCUGCUUUGCAGUAAGGAGACUGUGGAAGAUUGUGGGUUUGCUUCCCGGUUCCUCCCUGUGUGGAUAGCGCUUUGAGUACUGAGAAAAACGCUAUAUAAAUGUAAUGAAUUAUUAACAUAAACUCUCUUAUUGGGCAAGAAAGCGGACUUGCAUAUCACAGUAAGACAGUCAUUUCAACCUGCUAGAUGUGUUGUGUCUUGAUGAUCGGAAUGAGUUGGUGAAGGAACCUUGAAUUCAGCUGAGUAACUGAGGCUUCUUUGGGAUAACGCAAGACCACCCAGUCUUAACCUCAAGUUUAAGUUGAAGAACAGUCGGAUUAUGAUUCAAGAAGAUAAUGUGAAACCCACGAAACCGACCUCCAAGAAAAGAGUGGAAGCCAAAGCGAGUUAGAAUUUUUUAAUGGCCUACCCAAACCCCACUGAGAUGCUGCUUGAACAUCUAAAAUUGUCACCGAGUUCAAGCAGUUCUUGUAGGAUGAGUGGGCCAGAAUUCCUUCACUGCAUUGUCAGGGCAAGAAACGCCGGGGUGGAAUUGUAACUGGGAGAGCUGGGGUCACCAGGCAUUGAGUGCAUGGUGGUGUCGAGAUGAUCACUUUUUCACCGCAGACAGUACUUCACUUUCUGUAAUUAAUUUAGAAAUUAGGAUUGAAUGCAUGCCCACUAUGUUAAAUAUUACAGUAGACUUCAGUUGAAAGUCUUAGAAACAUUUACUGGAAAAAAAGUGCAAUAGUGCAAAACACAAGAAGGGGGGCAAAUGCUUUUUCAUGUACCUCUAUAAAUGGGUGUUUGAGGAUGAACUGUCCCGAUGUGUUUUGAGGGAGGACAUGAAGAAGAAGGAGUUUAGUACACACGUGUGCCAUGUCUUUAGCUUUGUUUUCUCAAAAAAAAAAAAAAAAAA